AAUGCAAUAAAGAACACAGACAUUGAUGGCCAAUUAUAUGGCAACGUAAGAGCCUUCAAACCCAGUCCAAGAGAUGGAGUUGUUGCUUCAGGUAAGAUCGCAUGAACACACACACACACACACACACACACACACACACACACACUCACACACACACACACACACACUCAUACCACACAAUAUAUUAAACAGGUGAGCUUAUCCUGUAGUACUCUAGCUUUAUUUGUCUCAAUCCUGGAUGAUACAGUUAAACAUAUUACCAAAGAUCUUUAAUCAUUUGUGAUUCAGUUCAUGUUCAGUGGUGGAAGAGACCCUCUGGAGUUGCUGCAGUGUGUCUGGGGCUGCUGUGUGUUUUCCUAAUAAUCUUUGAAAGUCAGUCUGUUGUCAAAUUACAUAUAAGCACAAUAUCAAAUGCUCAUAUUUGAUUGUUGUUCCUCCAUAUGGGUCCCAAAAGAAGGAAGUGAAGUGGACCUUUUCUGUCAUUCAACCAGCUGUCACUCAAAAUCUCCUUCAGGUUCAUUAAGAGAGGGAGGCAGGUUGUCUAGCGGUUAAGAUUGAUUGGCCAGUAACCGAAGGGUGCUGCAUCGAAAUCCCGAGCCGGCUACGUGAAAAUCUGUUGACGUGCUCUUGAGCAAGGCACUUAACCCUAAUUGGUUAUGUAAGUCGCUUUGUAUAAGAGCUUCUGCUAAAUGACUAAACUGUAAAUGUAGAGGAGAGACAUGGUGGUUACUGUUGUCAUCUCAUCCUCACUGGUUAAGACUACCCAUCCUCAAUAUCCACUUGGAACAGUUUGUAGUGUCACAUCUAUUGUCUGGACAUUAUAAUGACCCAUGUUUGUAGUCCUGGACCUCCUGAACAUGUUGAUGUAUAUUUGGGAGUAAACAGAGGGUCCAAAUCAGCAGAAAGGUGAAAGGAAGGAGGAGUUCUGGAAACUCCCUGAAUUAUCUUGGGGCUGUUACAUAUGAUAUUUAAUAUAUGUUAACAGCUAGUCUUUGUUCUCCACUUCCCCUCUAUGAUCUAUAUCUUCCUGGUAUGAUAGUGUCCUGUCCAUCAUCACAAAUAGCAAGUCAGGUUCCCUGAGCAGGAGGACUGUGUUGAGAUACACUCUGGACAAGAUGACCAUGUAGAGACAUGGAAUGGUUUAUAUUGUUCUGCAGAAAAUGUUUUAACAAUAAUCACUGUAACAAUCUCUCACACACACACAUACACCUGCAAGCACAGGCACAAGCAUGCAAACUUGUCCUAUUUUUUUUUAUUAACAGCUACUGUGUCAUUAUGUUGAUACUUCCCUAUAGUUUACACCUACAGCAGUCACACAGACAGAGACACACAGAUGACUUAGAGACAGAGAUAUCACUAGAAGCAGAGACUUAACGUGUAGAGGUCUUGCAGUUGACGUACGCCGCCUCCUGGUGGCCAUGUUGGAAGACCACCACAUUAAUUCUAGAAGCAGAGACUUAAUGUAUAGUAGACCUACAUAGAAAGAAAGACCCAGGUAUUGUUAAGAUGUCAAAGGGCAUCUAUGCUGAGCCAGAUAUGAACUAGAAUGUCAAGUUUAACAGAGGUGAGAUGGAGGAGAGGAUUGUUAAUAUAUCUACGUCCCUGAGAGACGGUGAGACCAGCACCAAGAGAGAAGAGACAGCAGACACUGCUCCUAAUAAUGGACCAGGAGACCAGCACUCAGAUAAUAGAGCCAUCAACGAUUCAGAGGAUAAAAGGAACAACUUGUUUCAGAGUUUCUCCCUUUAUAAAAUCAACGCAACUGAAGAGAGAGACCAGCUACAGACCAGAUACAACAACCUGACUGAAGAGAAAGACCAGCUACAGACCAGAUACAACAACCUGACUGAAGAGAAAGGCCAUAUUCAGGCAAAGCUUUUUGUGAUAGAGCAGCAUUGUAAGGAGCGAUGGAUAUACUUUGACUCCAAGUUCUACUUCCUCUCUACUGAGAAGAAAACCUGGAAGCAGAGCAGACAGGACUGUCUGGAUAGAGGAGCAGACCUGGUGAUCAUAAACAGCAGAGAGGAACAGACAUUUGUCUUCAACCUCCACCUGAGAGCCUGGAUUGGUCUAAAUGACUCUGUUACUGAGGGGACCUGGAAGUGGGUGGACGGCACCCCACUGACCACAGGGUACUGGGCGGCAGAACAGCCUGAUGAUUAUGAAAGGCAAGAGGACUGUGCUGAAAUAUACUAUGGACAAGGUGAUCCUGUAAAGACAUGGAAUGAUUACAAAUGUGGCACAAAUCAUAACUGGAUCUGUGAGAAAGAGGUGUAACAAUAACCUACUGUAACAAACAGUGUUUCUCUCUCUGUUAUUGUUAUUAUUAUGUUGAUGGUUGAACACAGUGCUGAAUGGUUAAGUGAUGAUUCCACCUGGUGGUUAAGGUGAGAGAUGAACUCACCAUAGAUGAGAAAAAGUUGUAUUACAGAGUUGCCUACGGGCUCUUUUUCAAUUAGACCUUCCCCAAUUCCUCCUCACAUCCUCUCUCUUUGACUCCUUCUCCAAACACAUUGAAGAAUACAAUCCUAGGGGAGGGACCUUGGACCUUCUCCUCUAAUAGGGUUGACAUAGAAGGAGAGGAGAUAGGAGAGGAAUCUAGGAAAGACUAUUUGAGAUAGUGUCAGAGAGAGACAGAGGAGGAAGAAGAAAAUUAAGAGAAUGAGGAAGAGAAAACAAUUAUUCUUGUUUAGAUUUAGAGGAGAGUAUGUAGACAUAUUGUACUCUGUAAAAUUAUUCUUCAUUAUUUUUUAUUUAUUUAUGUCAUGUGAUUUGCCACAGGCUUAUGCUUAGUAAAAAAAAAUGUAUGUCCAAUUAUUAACCCUCAAUCAAUCAAAUGUAUUUAUAAAGCCCUUCUUACAUCA